UCGUCAGCGUUUGUGUGAAAUCUGAGAGAGGCCAUUUUUACUCCGGGAAACAAACCUCCGAUUUAGUACAAAUUCAACCCCUGCCUUCACGUUGAAGUUUCUUAGUGCUGUGUGUCCUCAAACCAUUAUUGCUAAUUCUUGGAUCAAAUCAUGAGCAUCGCUGAUCUUUUGCAAGCUGCUGCCUUCCUGGAACGCCAAGAACGAGAAACCGAACAUGGCUAUGCUGCCUCAGCUCCUCCUCCAUCUUCGGGGACGGGGAUCGCCAUUCCGGGAAGCAUGGGAGACCAUGACCUGUUCGAUGGCGGGUUCGCCUCAUCCACUGGAGUCGGGCUGGCCCGAUCAGCUCCAGUGAAAUCGGUUUUGAGUCCCAAAAGCCAUGGUCCUUUACCCUUAAGCCAUCUAACACGUCCUCGACUGAAUUCAAAUAGUAGCAAUAGCUCCACCUCCAGCUCGGGUGGGAGUCGAUCCACAAGCAACAGAAAGCCCCACCAGGGAAGCAGGUCCACCCAUAACGAGUUGGAAAAGAACCGCCGUGCUCAUUUGAGAAACUGCCUGGAGAAACUGAAGGAUAUUGUUCCUUUGGGAGCUGAUAGUUCUCGCCAUACCACAUUAGGGUUGCUAAACAAAGCCAAACAUUUUAUCCGAACCCUGGAAGACAAGGACCGCAAGGUUGGCUCCAGCCGGGAAAACUUGAUUCGUGAACAACGGUACCUGCGACGCCGCCUGGAACUUCUAGCUGGCCAAAUGGAUGCGAUCCACAAACGGAGAUCAUUGUCGGAAAGUUCAAAUUCCUCCACGGGAUCAUCGAUCCGGGGCUUCAACUCUGAAUCAGAUGACCAUGAAGUGGAUGUUAUCGGCUGUGGAGCUGGGAGUGAUGAUGAUCGGUCUUCCACUCGCUCUGGCGCGAGCUCUGAUGGGAGUUCCCUCAUCACGGCGAGCUGGACACGUCAACUCACUUUGGGUGGAUCAGCCAUUCCUGCCGGAACCACGAUUCUGGUUGGGGGCCACAAGAACUAGCUUUAAGUCCUUGGACUAUCUAUCCCUGGCACAUUGACUCCCACACAAUCUUGAUGACCCCCUGAUAAUACCAUUUGCUCGAGGUCCCUUCCACCUUGGUUGCCCUCCCCAUGAGAGUGCCAAAACAUGAAAUAUCAACGCAUGGCGAAUUUGCAAGCCCUUCCAAGUGGUUGUUGUUAAGCAUCCGCCCAGGAACAAAGAAGACCUCUUUCUUUCUAUCUCUCUCUCUCCCUCCCUCUCAAGACAUCAAUCUACAAAGUCCACUUUCUUCCCAGCAUUUGGAUCAUCUCCUUCACAUGCCCCUGCUCCUUUUCACCCUGUUCAAUCCUGGUCCUGCCACCUUUGGCUAACUGUUGUAUGUGUCACCUCCUCUCAAGCUAAGCGAAACUUCGACGGCCGACAUACUUGGUACGCUCCCGUUGUCUGCAAAUCAAAAGAAAUCAAAGUGACGCCCCCUAACUAACGUCCCAGAAAGACAGACAGACCACCUCGAUCCUAGAAAUCCAGCGACAAGACGGCUAGUGCGUUGGACGACUCUAUGGAAAGAGGCGCGUUCCAUCUUCAAUGAUUCACACCCACAUCCAAAAAGUUCUUUUGGACACUGUUCCAAAUUAGAAGUGUUCCAUCUCUAGUCAUGUUCCGACGAUCUUCAUAUGCAUGAUGAUGUGAGCGGCCUUGAACAAACGAGCAAGAAGAAGACAUGUCAUCGUGCCCGCAGCAAAAACUUGAAAAUGAUUGCCGUGAUUCCGAAAAGUGUGUCCUCCUUCUCGGUACUCUACAGAGUUUCUUCCCUUCCUUUUACCCUUUUCAACAUCAAAUUCUAGAGUUUUAUUUCACAAUUGAGAGUUUUAUCAGAAGAUCCUUUAUUUGCAUAUUCGUUAACUAAUCCUGACCUGCAAACAUGAAAUCAGAAUAAGAGCUUUGAGCGAGGAUACUUCCUACCUACUACCGUCAUGUAUGUAAUGAGCAAGAAAAAAAUGAUAUCUUUUGAAUGUUGCUGCAAGCCAGAACCAAAAAGUACUAAAUAGAUUCCAUUUCAUUUGCCAGUCAUUCUCCUUAAAACACAAAACAAAUAUCUCCCUCAAACCCCGUCGUCGAUGCAAACUAGAUACAAAAAAAUGAGAGACUCCUUUAUGAUUUCAUUAAAAUAUCAUCAUCAUCAUCAUCAUCCACUUUUCGCCAUACAUCAUAUUCAAAUUAAAGAAACAAAACACUCAUGUACCAAACAACACUUCUUGCAUGCCACGCCGCAGAAAGAGAAGAUGUCGCGCCCCCAAAAUAGCCUGCUGUCUACGGACAAUAGAAGUUAACUGAUUCUUAUCCGUGGAAUGAAAAAAGGACAAAAAUUCAAAAAAAGUUAAAAACACGAUUACUCUCAUAAAAAUCACAAUCAAGUACAAUUUCUUCGUCAUUAAUCACCAUGCCAACCUGCUCUAAAACUCUUGGCUUUUUAUGCGCCCCAACCCUCUGCUUCCCCGCGUUUUGUCGGUCUAUCCUUCACCCCGGCCCUGCCAUGCCCCCAUCCCCAAACCUACAGUAAGAUGAACCAAAUCGCUAGGCUUUAUGUGUCGUUCUUUCUCCGUUUCCAUUUCAUGCCUACUUAAUGAAAGAGAAGCUAUUUUUUGUUCGUUUUAUGUCACGUAUGUAAAUGUCUGUCCUGAUAUCAAACCAGGGUAGUCAGGCAUCGGCUGUUUACGAUGCGUGCUUUAAUGGUGGCCAAUGUCGAGUCCUCUCUCUAUGGAUCCAACCCCCAAACAGACCCACACCCACACACAACCACAACCACUUAUGUCUUUCACAUGAUCUAGUGUCCAACCUGGAACACCGAUCACCUCAUCUGGGGUAUCUAAUUGGUCGGGUCGUCCUCGGGGGGCAUCGUACGAGGUUCUUCUGCUCGCCCAAGAGAUUUGUACAGUCAUAUUCAGUAUUACUAAUCUUGGCGAUACCCAGAACUUCUCGUUGGAGCUCUCCUCCUGACUGGAGGGAACCAAUCGUACUCAAGGGAAGUCGCCCAAAGCGGUGACGACUCUAUCCACACAAGGUUGGACCCUGUUCUCCUGCGGCUGUGAUCAAAUGAGAACGCGCUAGCAUGCAACCGGCCCCCACCCCACAGCCUCUGGCGGUGGACAAAUGGUUAGGAAAGCCGCACCUAAUACGUAGCUCGGGACCUAUCACCAGUCCGGUUGCCGUUACGGGUUAUGCCCUGCUAUCAUCCCUACUUGCAACUAGUGAUUCUAUCCAUUGAGAGUGAUGAUUGGCCGGCCCCAAUAAUAAGGCAUGCCUCGUUGACCACACCAGAAUACCCUAAUGGUUUCCCAAACCUGCAAUCUUGACUGGCCAUUUCCGACAAAAUGUCUCCCAGGGAAAGCUGACUUGAUACAUCUUGAACCCUAACACCCCUUCCUCCGUACGCGCACCACCCCGUGCCGCCAUUGCGGCCUUUUCUCCGUUAUGUACCGUAUACAAGUGCUGAAUGUUCGCAGAAUGAGUUUUGGUGAGCAAUUAUGAAAACUGAAAAUCAAUAUAGAAUUCAUUCAGCAAA